UAGUCAAUGGAGAAAUCUGACAACGAAACCGCAGGUGCUGAAACGGACAGCUCCAAGCACAGCGUCGGUGCUCUCACCGGGUGCGUCCUGUUCAUCCUGAUCGUCUCCACGCUUUUUGGGAAUACGCUUGUGUGCGCCGCUGUGUUCAAAUUUCGACACCUUAGAUCUAAAGUGACUAACUUUUUUGUAAUCUCCUUGGCGGUGUCGGAUCUAUUCGUGGCCAUUCUUGUGAUGCCGUGGAAGGCUAUGUCUGACGUGGCCGGCUACUGGAUCUUCGGCAGCUUCUGUGAUACCUGGAUAGCUUUUGACAUCAUGUGCUCCACCGCGUCUAUUCUCAAUCUUUGUAUAAUAAGUAUGGACCGAUACUGGGCAAUUUCGAGCCCUUUUCGAUAUGAACGUAAAAUGACUCAAAGGUUUGCUUUCGUUAUGAUCGGAGUGGCAUGGACCCUCUCCAUUCUUAUCUCCUUCAUUCCCGUCCAGCUCAAUUGGCACAAGUCAGAGGAGGAAAUGGAAACAGUGGACGACACUAAUCAAAUCAACCAAAUGGAGGACUGCAACGCAAGCUUGAAUAGCACGUAUGCCAUAUCCUCCUCCUUGAUAAGUUUUUACAUUCCCGUCGUUAUUAUGGUUGGCACUUAUACACGAAUUUACCGGAUUGCGCAAACCCAGAUCCGGAGAAUCUCAUCCUUGGAGACAGCCGUGGAACACGCACAGAACAAUCAGCAAGCAGCCGAGAAAACAAACUCAUUAAAAACAACCUUUAAAAAAGAAACGAAAGUUUUGAAGACGCUCUCUAUCAUUAUGGGAGUGUUUGUAUUUUGCUGGCUGCCUUUUUUCGUGGUCAACUGCAUAGUACCUUUUUGUGACAUUAACAAUCUUGGUGACCGCCUGUGCGUAAAUAACACCACGUUUAACAUGUUUGUGUGGUUUGGAUGGGCAAACUCAUCGUUAAACCCAGUCAUAUACGCUUUUAAUGCUGAUUUCAGAAAAGCAUUCUCCACCAUUCUGGGCUGCAAAAGAUACUGUCCCAGUUCUGUAGAAGCUGUCCAUUUAAGUAACGAGUUGAUGUUUUACCGCCACGACACUACGUUCCAGAACGCAACUACCAAUGCCUCUGCGCAUUGUGCGCAACGCCUGCCCAUGGUCUCACACGGGGAAGAUUUGGACCUACCAUUUGACAAAGUCUCCGUUGUCUCUAAUACCUCACGUAACCAAAGAAAGAUUAUCCUGCCUGCAAUACUGCAGCUUGAAUGUGAAGCAGAAAUAUCAUUAGAUAUGAUGCCUUUCCCCUCAACUGGACCCAGUGAGUGUAAUGUGAUUCCAGGUCAAGUUGAGGAUCUGUGA